CACACAACGACAGAAGAGAACACACACACACAUACUCGUCCAUAGCCGUGGUGUGGUGUGUUACUUGACAGCGCACUUUUACGCAGAAGGUGUGUGUGGAUACUCCUCCGCAAGAGCGGCUCAUACACCCCUUUUUGGAGUUAGGCAGAGGAGAAACAUUGGAUCUUGAUCACACUGAAGAUGUUCUUUUAGUGAACGAGCCCUCAUCCCUGAAGACACAGUGGCGCUGGGAGAGGAUGACAGCACACUUUGCGCAACUCACCGGAGCCCAACAGUGUUUUCAAACUCGAAAUUUUCUACUAAACGUGAAACAGGAGAGACCACGAGGAUCUGAAUCUGUUUGAGUUGGAGAUUUUAUUGCUUCUAUUUUAUUUUUAUGUUAUAAAAACUAAGGGGAAUGUUGCAGCGUCUCAGAACUGUAUGUUCUGGGGCCAGUUUACCUGAUUUACCUGCGCACCAUUAAAACUCAACUCAGUUUUUGAAUGGAAUGAAGUAAAACUUAUGGACUGAUUUCAACAUAUAGUUUUUUCAUGUAUGUGUGUAUCACUUUUGCAUUUUAUACUGAUGUUAAAAGCAAUGUGAACACCCCCAUGGAAUUCUACUACAAAUCUUUGGAGUAUGAAGUUCAUAUUGGGACUUAUAUUUCUGUUUUUGCAAAGUAAUUCAACUUCUUUUUGGACAUCAGCAAAGCUUUCAAAGGAUUAACAUUUACUUUCAUUAAUAAUAAUAAUAAUAAUAAUAAUUAUUAUUAUUAUUAAUUAUUUAUUUUUUAAAGCAAACAACCACCAAGGACCUAAAAAUCACUCGAUCUGAUCAGUUUUGUCAAUCCAACGUGGAGUGAUUGGGCUUUUGUAGACCAUUUCCAGCCUGUUACUGUUUUCCUUUGAAUAUUGUUCUUCUGGACCCAGAGGUGGCUCCGCAGUGGUGUUGCGGCUCCUCGUCCGCGGCGGAUCCGGAGAUCGGAGUGGCUGCGGCGGCAGGAGGCGGCAGCGGAAGCCCAGCAGCACCGCAGGGUCCUGAGAGCGCUCGAGUGAAGAGGAUGGUGCGGCUGGUGGCGGAGCUGCUGUUGCUGUUGGGACUCCUUCUUCUGACUUUACACAUCACGGUGUUGCGGAGCAGCCCGCUUCAGCAGGGGAAUGACACUGUGAGCGCGGAGCAGCACUUGCAGGUGGCGGAGAAUAAUGUCAAUGCAGAAAGCAGCUCCUCUGUUCAGCUGGGACCGGGUGGUAGACAGUCCAGAGUGUCUCAUAAUCCAGCAUCUAAGCCCUGGGUCCAGAGUCACGGGACAGGGGGCAGCCUGCAGAGAGAUGGCCCAGGAGCUUUUCUUCUGGACUUGCAGAACCUACCCGAUCUUUCCAAAGCUGACAUAAAUGGGCAGAACCCCAACAUACAGGUUACCAUAGAAGUGGUGGACAGUCUGGAAGGUUCUGAGCCUGAGAAGGGAAUACGUAAAGAAAACAAGCCAGGCUGGGUGGCUCCUAACUGGAGGAACUGGUGGCAGCGUUCCUCUUCGUCUACGUCCUCUGUGUCCACACCAAAGGGGCCUGAUGAACAGGACUACCCCUACGAGAGCAAGACAGAGGACAGUAACUUCCUUAAACCAUUGGGAGACUGGGAGCGAAAAGGGGCAGGCGGCACAGGAAGCAGAACCCAGGCUGAAUACGACUACAUAGAUGGAGAAGGUGACUGGAGCGGCUGGUCGCCAUGCAGCGUAACAUGUGGAAAUGGCAACCAGAAGCGGACCAGGUCGUGCGGCUAUGCCUGCACCGCCACAGAGUCACGGACUUGUGACAUGCCCAGCUGCCCAGGGAUUGAGGAUGCCUUCAAGACAGCUGCAACAGAAGUCAGUCUGCUCGCCGGCACUGGAGAGUUUAACGCAACAGAGCUCUUCGGAGUAGAUACAGACAGUUGUGAGCGUUGGAUGAACUGCAAGAGUGAGUUCCUUAAGAAAUACAUGAGCAAAGUGGCCAAUGACCUACCCAGCUGCCCCUGCUUAUACCCAACCGAGGUGGCCUACAGCACCGCAGAUGUCCACGACGCCACCACGCGGCGCAACUUCCGCUGGAAGGAUGCCAGUGGGCCAAAGGAGAGGCUGGAGAUCUACAAACCCACCGCACGCUACUGCAUCUGCUCCAUGCUCACCCUGGAAUCCACCACGUUGGCUGCCCAGCACUGCUGCUAUGACGAUAACAUGAAGCUCAUCACUCGUGGCAAAGGCGCUGGCACGCCCAACCUCAUAAGCACAGAGUUCUCUGCUGACCUGCACUACAAGGUGGACAUUUUGCCAUGGAUCAUCUGCAAGGGCGAUUGGAGCCGUUACAACCAAGCUCGGCCGCCCAAUAAUGGGCAAAAAUGUGCAGAAAAUCCACAGGAUGAGGACUUCUACAAACAGUUUGAGGAGGCCAGAGAAUUCUGAGUUGAAGGUGGGUAGAGAAGAUGCUAUAAAACUUCUACAAACAAAAUCAGAACUAAGUAGAACUAAGUGUUAUUGGACAAAAUAUGGGAAAACUAUGGCUGUGUGUUUGAACAGGACUUGCUACGAGAAACAGACAGCACAGUCAGUAACAGGCACAUCAAAGUCCCAUCUUGGUCUUAUGGCCUCCCUCAGAAUCUCUGGAUGAUACAGUAUUUGCAUAGUUUGAAAGUGUCUUCAUGAAAAUAAUUUACAAGAUAAUAAUGAAGCAACUCUUCAUGGUUCUAUUUGACAUGUUUAUAUGUAUGACUUAGGGCAUUUCAACAUUUGCCAUUAUGACUGAUUUUUGUUGUUGUUGUUAUAAGGGAUAAAAGGGAAAAAUAUAUUUUAUAAAGGGAAAUCAUGUCAGGAAUUGCCAUGCUACAUUUUGUGUACUAUGUAACAUUAUGGACACAAAGCUUCAUGUUUUUGAAGUCUUGUAUUAUGCCCAACAUGCAUAUGGUAAUCCACUUUUCAGGAUUUUUGGAUAGAUCCAAGAACAUUGGACACAAUAUUCAGGUUUCCAUGCCAACAUGCAUACAUUGUCCAAUUAGUAUGAACAGAAUUCCUAUAAGAUACCCUGUUGUAUCUCUUUCCUUUUUUGCUAAAAACAGAGGAGUCAAACAAUCCCUGCAUUAUCUUUGCAAAGUAUUUAUUGAGUCAUAGUUAUGUGUCAGUGGUAAGGGUUCAUAACAGCAUUUGUGCAUAUAGAUGUAUGGUCACAUUUUGAGUGAUAAAUAAAUAGGCCAUGCCACAUUAAACGUCA